GCAUCGCGUGCGCGCCUGCAUUUGUCUGUCUCGUGUGUCUAGUGGUUUCGUAAUCAUAAAAAUAGAAACAAUUUACCAUUUUCAUCAUUCCAAUUUUUUUUUUGUGAACGCAUCUUUGGCACGUACUUUUCGAACGAGCGUUUUCGUUUAUUUUUAUGUUUGAUUCGAAUUUUUUUGGUUAUCUCGAUCCUUAGCGUGUUCGGUUUUGAAUUUAUCAUUUUUCGGCUAUAUUAUUCAGCGAAUCCGUUGAAUCUAUUUUUUUUCUAUCGCAAAAUUUUUUUCAUAUCGACGAAUCACGUAGAAUCUGUGCAUUUUGAAAGUGACUUCGUUUCGCUGAAAAAGAAAAAAGUGCUUGGAACGAAUUUAAGUCAAUUGCAAUCAAAUUUGAGAAUUUGUGGGAAAAAAAUUGAAAAUUUGAUUUUAUGUGUAUUAUAAAAUCCAAUCGAAAGAAAAAAAAUUAAUUGAAAUUUGUGCAGUGUGCUGAGAGAUUUUUGCCAGAUUUAUCGAUUACGAUCGGGUUGGUUUUUGUGACGGAUUUUUUGUGAAUUUCGCGACAUUCACACUAUUGUGUAAUCACUUUACUGGGCUGAGAAUUAUAUAAAAAGCACAAAAGAAAUAGUGAGGCGUGCGUUGUCAUAAAUACAUUUUAGCGGAUUUGUUGUGUGUGUGCACGUAUGUGUGUUCUAUGUUGGCAUGAAUUAAGCAGACGGAUAUACACAAAAUAAUAUAACUUGAAUGUUGACAUUGCAAAAUCAGCUUUAACUCUUGUUUUUCGCAUCGAACAUAAAAACGAAUACUGGGUGUUGUGAUUCAAGCGCUUUGGCAUGUAUUCGUAUGUGGAUUUGUGAAAUAAAUCCCUUUCAUCACAACGCAGUGCUGUUUUUCCCUCCCGACUCUAUCGUUUAUAGUGAUCAAAGUGGUUUUUUUUUAAUUGCAAAAAAGUAGAGUAGUUUCAAAAUAAUAUUACCGCUGAUAGUGUAGUUGAAGUUGGUUUGUGUUUUUGUGUACCGAAAUCUCCAAAUAAGAAGAAGAGAAUUUGAGGAAAGAAGCUUUGCGAAAAUUGAAAAAUAACCCUUCGAAUUUUCAACACGAGGCAGAGAUACAGACAUUGUAGAAAUCUAUUGUGUAUUUGCGUACGUGUUCCAUGCAAACCAGUUGCCUACAUCGUUUAAACAAAUAUUAGAUUAAAAAAAAUUAAAAAAGAAACUGAAACUGUAACGAAUUUGAUUAGACAACAAAUAAAACAUAAUCCAAGCGAAAGUAAUGAAUCGAAGAAAAAAUACGAAAUCAAUGUGGAGUAAGUUUGCCUCGCCGUCAAAUCAUUCGGCAACAACGCUUCUGAUCGAGCCAGCCAGUUCAACAACAAAACUAUUACGUGGAAAUCGAUCAAUGGGUGGCUGUGAUAAUCAUAGUUAUUACGCGGCAACAGCCGCUAUAAUCCCCGCCGCAGCACGAACGGCAUCAGCGCACGGUUCAACAUCGGCACAAACAACACAACAAAUUUACGGUGCCAGCAAUGUAGUGGCUGGCCGAUCAUCGCCCGGUGCAUUGACUGGAACAAGUGCAGCUGCCUUAUCGUUUGCAGCAAUGGAACAGAUGCAAAUACAAAAUCGAUUGUAUUCAGCAUAGCGAAUCACGAUUGAGGGCAACGAUUCACAAUGGUAUCGGGGCCCACUCAAAGCUGCCUUUCUAGGUGCAAGAGGCGUCGGAAAAACCAGCUUACUUGAGCAAUUUUUUAAGCAUAAUUUUCCAAUUCGUCACUCUGCUACCACCAAACGAAAUACUUACCGUAGUUGUUUAGUCUGUGACACGUGCAUCCGUGAGUUGAUCGUAUUGGAUGUGCCACUUCAGCGACGGUUUCCUGUAGAUAACUUAGCCGAAUGGAACGGCGGUUGGAAUGGAUUACGAACCGUUCAUGCAUAUGUGCUCGUCUUUGAUAUGGCAAAUUUGGCAACGUUUCAGUAUUGCCGUACGAUGCGAGAUCAAAUUUUGGAGAGCUUUAACCAUCGUGAUUUCAGUUUAAUGGUUGUUGGCAAUAAAUACGAUUUGGUGCCGGAUACAAGUCGACAAUCUCAGGAACUUAAAGAUAUUUCAACAUUGGUUCGAAAACACUGGCGAUGUGGAUACGUGGAAUGCUCAUCAAAAUUCAAUUACAAAGUGAAUGAAGUGUUUCGUGAGUUGAUGGGUUGUACGGGCGGUAUUGGUGGUUUUCAUUUGGCCGGCAUGAAUUUCCAAGCCCACGACAAAGACAAGUGUACGAUUCUAUAACGAUUGCUUUUUUCGAGUUUCAAUAGUAUGGUACCCACAGCAAAUUCACUGGAUAAUAAUGUCAAAUCAUCAACGGCCAAGGACUCGUCUAGCAGCGGUAAUACACCGAAUCGAAAUCGAAAAGAUCGUAGUAAAAGUCCACAGCCAAACAAAUCAGCAUCACCAAAAUCUAUCAAUAAAACAAAUAUAAUAGUCACAACGACGAACAAUAGCUCCAGUUUUAAAUGUAAUUUAAAAUGUAAAAAAUCAACGGAAGAAGAGACUUUUGUUUAAGUUUAUUUUUCAUUCCGGAUUUGUAGACGCUUUUCUUUUCCAUUGGGAUCUACUAUUUGAAACUAAAUGGCGCUUUUAGAAUCAUCAAAAUUGAUUGCCAUUUUCCGAUUAUUAAUGAAGUGAGAAAUUGAAAAAAAAACACUGUUAAAUUCCAUUUUGGAACAAAACGAUCGCCUGGCCAAUAGAUUUAGUUCGAAAUGUUAAAUCGAAUUCAAAUCAAGUUUAAAUUGUUUUGAGAAUACACAUGAUGGCGAGCUCGUUUGUGAUAAUAUCGAUAGGCUAUUUACUUAGUUGCUAAUGAAAAAAAAGCAUUCAACUUGCUAAAAACAAAUUAUAUAAACGCUUAUAAAUCUACUCAUUUAUGCACUCAUACACACACACACACACACACACACACACACACACACACACAUGACGAAACGAUUUUCAAAUUUUUAACUAUUCUUAUUAGUAUGUAUUCAAACGGCUGUUUCUAUUGAAUAAACUUUCUAUAGUAGAGCAGUUAUGACAAUAAUUCACGGUGAAUUCUACGGACAACAUAUUUUCCAUUCGAAUAUUUGCUGCGUCCUUUGUUGGCAAAUCAUUCAAUUCAUUAUUUAGUUGACUUAUUUUCACACGACAUUAUGGAGAAAACACAUGUUUUCUCUAAAUUUGUCAUAUGUUUUUUUAAAUGCCUCUCUUUCUUUGAUUAUUUACACAUGUUAUUGGCUUUUCAUUUUUUUUUCGCAAAGAUGUUUUUGUUCAUAGGGGAAAAUCAUGCUCUCAUAUAAAAUUGCUACAUUAUAUAGUGUUUACUGUACAAGCCACAAUCUGAUCGCGCACAAAAAGUUUGGUUCAACUUCAAUUAGUUCAUAGCUGAAUGAGCCGAGGAAAAAACGGCAAAAGGUAUGUGACACACGUGAAACCAACUGCUGCUAAAAUAAAACAAAAAGUAAAUAUAAUAUUGUUACUGUGAAAAAUCCAUGAGAAGUUUUUUCCCACGCACAACACGAACCGUGGAUAUUCGUGCUAAAAGUAUGCCAUUUGUUGAAAUUGGCCAGGUGGAGGCGGGUGUAUAUAUUUUUUUUCAUACUGCCAUCAAACCACGUCGGUGAAGUAAUGUGAAAAAUACUGUUGUCAUCGGAAAACCAAGCAGAGACCAUGAACAGGAUAUCCCCCGCAAAAAAAAAAAAAAAAAA